GGCCAUGGCGGAUGUCCCCGGGGCACAGCGACCGGUUCCCGGCGGCGGCCCAGAACCCCGGGACCCCCUGGACUGCUGGGCCUGUGCUGUGCUCGUAACGGCUCAGAAUCUGCUCGUGGCUGCCUUCAAUCUUCUCCUGCUGGCGCUGGUGCUGGGGACCAUCUUGCUACCCGCUGUCACCAUGCUGGGCUUCGGCUUCCUCUGCCACUCCCAGUUCCUGCGCUCCCAGGCACCUCCUUGCACCGCGCACCUGCGGGACCCUGGCUUCACGGCCCUGCUGGUCACCGGAUUCCUGCUCCUCGUGCCGCUGCUCGUGCUUGCCCUAGCCAGCUACCGCCGCCUCUGCCUGCGCCUCCGCUUGGCCGAUUGCCUCGUGCCCUACAGCCGAGCCCUCUAUCGGCGCCAGCGCGUCCCACAGCCGCGGCAAACCCUGGCCUCACCAGGGUCACAGGCCGUUCCCACAUCAGGCAAGGUCUGGGUCUGAGGACAGUUGAGUCAAGAACAACCCGGACGGCUGCCCUCCCUCCCAGUUGGCUCAAGGACUCGAAGCCCCGGGAUCUUCUGACCCGCCCUGCCCCCACCCCUGCAUGAGCUGGGCCUCGCAUCCUCUUGGGGAACAGCACCAUCUGUGGACCCAAUGCUGGUGAAAAUUCCCACA